AACCAUUUCUCGUUUGACUUUAGUCCGACUUCGGCGAUUUGUUUACCAGGCUGCAGCUAAAAUGUCGGCGAUCGCGGCUCUGGCUUCCUAUGGCACCGGCAGCGACAGUGGGAAUGAUUCGGAUGGGGAUUGCGCAGAGGUUCCUUGCAGGGAUGCCCUGGUUCAUUUACAGGCCCUUGAUUCCGGGAAGUCGAUGUCAGUCGUUUUGAACUCGGCGCCCGAGGUCGCCGUAAAGGAAGAUGUGGAGACAGGAGUUCACCUUGACCCAUUCCUGAAGGAAGUCACGUUCAAUCCAUUGUAUGAAACUAUGUUUGCACCAGAGUUUGGACCAGUGAACCCUUUCAAGACACAGCAGAUGGCUGCCCCUAGAAAUAUGCUGUCUGGAUAUGCUGAACCUGCCCAUAUUAAUGAUUUCAGGUUUGAGGAGCAAAGAAGGACCUUUCAUACUUAUGGUUAUGCUUUGGAUCCAACAUUAGACCACAGUGAAGUUCCAGCAGGGGACACAUAUAUUGGUAGUGUUGAAGAUGCUGAAAAGAAUCAAGGACUUACAGUAUUUGAAUCUGGUAAAAAGAAAUCAGAAAAGCGAAAGAAAUUAAAAGAAUCAGACCCAGCAAAUAUUGAAGGCUUUCAAGGACCUUGGGCAAAGUAUGUUGAUGAGAAGGAUGUGGCCAAGCCUUCAGAGGAAGAACAGAAAGAACUUGAUGAGAUCAUCGCAAAAAGGCAGAAGAAGGGCAAACAAGAAGAUGAGAAACCUGCAGAAGAGAAAACAAUCCUUCACAUCAAAGAUAUGUAUGACUAUCAAGGCAGAUCAUAUUUGCACAUUCCUCAAGACCUUGGAGUCAAUUUACGAUCUGAUCAACCACCCGAGAAGUGUUACCUCCCUAAGAAGCAGAUGCACGUAUGGGCUGGACAUACUAAGGGCGUCAGUGCUAUUCGACUAUUUCCAACGUCUGGUCACCUGCUUUUGUCCUGUUCCAUGGACUGUAAAAUCAAGCUUUGGGAAGUUUACAAUGACCGCAGAUGUAUUCGAACAUUCAUCGGUCAUAGUAAAGCUGUGCGAGAUAUCUGUUUCAACAAUGAUGGCAAGCAAUUUCUCAGUGCUGCUUAUGACCGCUACCUUAAACUCUGGGAUUCCGAGACAGGGAAAUGUAUUGCCAGGUUUUCUAAUCGAAAAGUCCCAUACUGUGUUAAGUUUAAUCCUGAUGAAGAUAAGCAGCAUCUGUUUGUGGCUGGAAUGUCAGACAAGAAAAUUGUCCAGUGGGACAUUCGAUCUGAAGAGAUUGUGCAGGAAUAUGACAGGCAUCUGGGAGCUGUUAACACAAUCACAUUUGUGGAUGAAAACAGGCGAUUUGUGAGUACAUCUGAUGACAAGAGCCUCCGAGUCUGGGAAUGGGAUAUUCCUGUGGACUUCAAAUACAUUGCUGAGCCAAGUAUGCACUCCAUGCCUGCAGUGACAUUGUCACCCAAUGGAAAAUGGCUGGCGUGUCAAUCGAUGGAUAACCAAAUUCUAAUCUUUGGAGCUCAAAACAGAUUCCGGUUGAACAAGAAAAAGAUCUUUAAGGGCCACAUGGUGGCAGGUUAUGCUUGUCAGGUGGAUUUCUCACCUGACAUGAGUUAUGUUGCUUCAGGUGAUGCUGAUGGAAAACUGAACAUCUGGGAUUGGAAGACAACCAAACUUUACAGUCGAAUCAAAGCGCAUGAUAAAGUUUGCAUUAGUGCAAUCUGGCAUCCUCAUGAAACAUCAAAGGUCAUCACAUGUGGUUGGGACGGACAGAUCAAGUUGUGGGACUGAUGGGAUUUCCUGGAAUUACCUGGCAUCAGGACUCUUGAGAUACUGUCUUCAAAUUCGUUGAGAAAUGCUUUCAGAUACGUUCUAAGUGACUGAAGCAACUGACAUUCUCAAGGAAUGUUGGAUGUGUAUUAGAUUGAAGGCUCAGGAUGCAAGAAUACCCAUCUGCUUCUUUUAUAAACUUGAGUCAUCUUAAACAAUCAACAAACUAUUCAGUACUGUUUUAUUCUCCCAUUAUUUAUUAAGAAUUUGUGCUCUUUUGAGGGAAAAAAAUUCUGAGUGAUUACAAAUUGGAAGGAACAAGAUAAACGAUAUUUUUGAACACAACUUUGAAGUCUUCCUGUGCAAAGAACUGUUCUAAUAUACAGUGCUUCUGUUGGGCCAAAUCAGUUAAAGGUCGCUCAGAGGAAUGUGGUAUCUUCAAAGAACCUAGUGUCCUUUCAAUGCAGAAGUAAUAUUUAAUGCAAUUGCAGCAUGUGGGUUACUAAAAGAACCUUGUGUUACAACUCUCUUUAUAGCAUUGUGUCUGUUAUUAUCUAUCUUCCAAUUAAUGUCUCCAGACCUAUUAAUUAAAUAGUACAUGCAAUUCCAAAAUGGUUAGUUUCUGAGGGGUACUUGUUUGAGCACCACCAAUUACAGAAACAAGUCAUCGUCUUUCCUGUCAAGGGAUUUGAUCUUGAUUGCAUCUCAUUAAUAAGAUUGACCUUUCUUCAAAUAUAUUGUUCAACUAUUCAAAAUUGUUCAAACUAUUAAUUGAUUGAAAACUAAUAUUUACCCUGUGGUCACAAUUUUGCUACAAAAUAUUUUUUUAUUAUUCAGCCUGUUUCUGUUGUGAGAUUUAAUGUAGUCCUAAUUACAAUCCUGCAUAUUUCCCCUUCAAUAUAAUUGCAGACAUUUACACAGUGGUGGAGUAUAGAAAAUUGGUAAUCAAACUGCCUGCCCUUGUAGUCUGAAACAAAGACAAUUUUGCAGAUGCUGGAAAUCUGAAAUAUCAAUGUGGGAAAUACUCAGCAGGUCAAGUUGCUUGCAAAAGGCAAAUAGAAUUUAAUUUUAAUGUGGAUUGAGAAAGGUUACAUGAGCUUUUCUAGCUGUGAUGUUUAUUUUCUGACUUAAAAUGUUAACUGCUUUUGCUCUAUUAAUAUUACUUAACAGGUUGAGUAUUUCCAGUAAUUUUUUGUUUCAUUAAUUUCUAUGACAGAAUGUGGGUUGAACCAGAAGGAAAAAUAUCAAGUACCUUGGUGUAUGUGGAAGGAGUUUAAACAGAACUCAGAGGUACUGGUAUCUACAGGUCUCCAACAAGAGUAUUUCAAUUAUUUUUAUGCUGAAUUAAUAAGAAUUUAUUUUUUGACAUUGGUGACCUGUCCUGAUUUAACAGUAAACAGAAUUCAAAGGGUCUUUUUAUGCAGCGUUUCUUGUUGUUUUGUGCAUUCUAAUAAAUGGACUUUCCUGUGCCAUUAUUUGUAUGUAUGUGUGUGUGUGUGCACAUUUGUUUCUCUGGCAUGUUAGUUUCUAGAGUCAGUUUCAGGCUGACAGCAUGAAAGAACAGAAUUCACAAUUAAAUGUCAAACAGUCCACUUUGACUGAUAAUAUGAAGCACAUUAAUGAAGAACAUUGCCCUUGAACUUUAAUGGCCUGUAAACAACACACUUGAUAUUCGUAAAACUCAGAUGAAAGCUUAUGACUUGAAUAUUUAUUCAUUACUGCACAUUUUAAAUGCUACAUUAAAAAAUUCAAAUGGAUUGA